CUGUUGGAGGAAGAGUGUUUCUUCCUGCGUCCCAGGCUUCCCAGCGGCGCCCGUUGCCGGGGAACGCAGGCGCCGUGGGAAGGGAUGGCGGGAGCGUACAGCUUAGCAGCUGGCACCUGCGUUGACUUUGUGACGAAGGGCCCAGGCUCGGCAUGAAACAACGGAAAGGCCAGGGGCCUGGGGGCGGCCGUGGGCGCAAGAAGAGAGGUUUGAGUGACAUUUCACCAUCUACAAGCCUGCCACCUCUGGUUGAAGGGCAGUUACGCUGCUUUCUCAAACUCACUAUUAAUAAAGUUGUAUGGAAGAUUGCGAAGCCUCCUACUUCUGUACUUGUCCGAGUAAGAUGGUGGGGAGAAACAUCCGAUGGAACCCUCUUUUGUCCCAGAGAUGCAUUGCAGACUGAGCCAAAAGCUGUGAGAACAACUACCCGUUACGCGAUUCGCUGUGGUCCAAAGCAGUUUACCUCGUAUCUGACAGAUAUGGCUGUGCUGGUAUUGGAAGUAAUCACCAAGUUUGAUCAUCUUCCUGUCGGCAGAGUUCAGAUCAGUGGACUUGCCCAGCUGUCUCCAACCCAUCAGAUCAAUGGGUUUUUUACCAUUGUUUCACCAGCAUCGAAGAAACUUGGAGAACUUCAGGUCUCACUUGCGCUGGAGCCUCUGUCAGAAACUUACGACAGCUACAAACCUCUUCCUGCCACUGACGUGACAAAAAAUGUGCUUUUAUCUGAGCGAGAACUCAGAGAGAAUACUGAAUCCAGCAACAACCAGUCUAUGAUCCCGUCAAGGUCUUGUAGGGUACCUGCCAUCAAAAUUGAUGGGAAAGAAUUAGCAGGCAACAGCAGCAGGUCAACCACACCAAGGGGAAAGGACCACUUGUACUUUGCAGAGAACUCCGAUGCAGUAAAUGGUUCUUUGUGUGGACUACAGCAGCACCUUAGUCACGGGACGAAUGUAGAGACUAUAACUCUGAGGGGCAAAGCCCCACAGAAGCAGCUGUCCCUCCUGAACAGCUCUGAGUUUCAGCCACAAAUGAGUACAGUCGCCAAGAGUCACAGUGACUCAUGCAUCUUGUCUUCAAACACCCGCCCUGCAAAGGACCUUCUUUCAGCUCUUUUAGAACAAGGCAAUAAGCUGCGGAAUGCCAUGUUGAUUUCUGCAAUGAACUCCAACCCAGAUACUAGUAUGCUGCUGGACAAAGUCCCUCCACCUAUGACAGAAGAUAUUCCCAGAUCAUCAGCACUGAACUCAUCUGAGAAUCAGUCGAAAGGCCACAGUGCAGACCACCUUCUCCCCUCGGCUGACACCAGAGCUAUACAGCUGCUGUUGGGCAGUGCUGAAUUAUCCCAAGGCCAUUUCUGGAAUGGAUUAGGCUCUCCUCCAGAUUCCCCGUCUCCUGGGAGUGAUGAGUAUUGCAGCAGUGACCUGAAUGACCCUCAGUAUGACCAGAGUCUGCUGGAGAACUUGUUUUACACACUGCCUAAAUCUGAUGUCUGCACCAGUGAGCUCCUCAGUGAAGAUGAUGGAGUAGAACCUUCUAGAACAAUGAACCAGUCCAAAGCCUCUGGCAGAUCUAAGGUUGUAGAGUCAAAUGAGCACAAGCAGAAGAAGAGGGCAGCUGUCAAGAAAAGCAGAAAUCCAGUUGACCAGCAAGAGCUCUCAAGAACUCCAGAACAUACCCCAGCGAUGUCACUAAGUGUGGAUAGACUGGCUCUUCUGGGUAGAGUACAUUCGGUCAGAAUCAUCAUUGAAACCAUGGGAGUCCCUCCAGAUAGUCCCCAUAUGACACCAAGCAGGAAGAAUUUUGCCGGGAAACCACCAAAGCCAACAGCAGCAAAAAAGCGCACUUUCUUUGUGGAAUAUCACUUUCCUGUGGGCUUUUCCAAAAGUGGACUGGGAAAGACAACUUUGAUCACUGAGGUUGUUCGACUUGCCUCCAGUAAAAUCACAGGUGGAGUGGUGAAAUUCCAGCAGCGAUUUGUGUGUCCAGUAGAAUUUGAUGGCCUGAUGAUAGAGCACUGGUGGGAUUCUAACCUCACCUUCCAAAUUUAUGCAAAGAAAACCCCACAGAAAAAGCCAGAAGUCAUUGGAUCUGCAUCUCUCCCUUUGCAAGCUGUCAUUCAGUCAGAGCUGCUUUCUUUCAGUAGCCAGCUUCCAGUGCAACAGGAAAAUGGUCUGUCUUCACUUGGCCCCCUAAAGGUCACCAUGGAGCUUGUUUUAGGCAGCAAGGAUUUCACUGGAAUCAGUGCUAAGUUAAGUAGCAGCACCCGACUUGCUCCAGUUUCUGCUGCUACAAGUUCAGAUACGAUACUACCAGAGGCAGGCCAGGAUACCGCCUAUACCAAAAAUCCACAGAGCUCAAAUAAAAUUCACGAGGAAACCACAAAGAAAACACAGGAUUUAGUACUCACCGAUCCAGAGUCAGCAAACUCUGUAGCCUCAAACUCCAUGGCUGUGCCAUCUCGCAAUUUAGUCCAUCAAAUAAAUGGCUCAAACAAAGAAAGUGGUUUGCUGUUACAUGUGCUGUUGAUGGUGCCAGAUGGGAAAGAUUUUGUUUUUGGAGAACGGGAGAAACAACCAUCAUGCAAUGUUUAUUUGAAUUGCAAGCUUUUCAGCACAGAGGAAGUCACCAGAUCUGUCGUCUCGUGGGGCACAGCACAGCCUGUCUUUAAUUUUUCUCAGGUGAUUCCUGUCUCUCUGACUUCCAAAUGCCUGGAAAGACUUAAGAACAAUGUGAUGAUAAUUGAAACUUGGAACAAGGUGCGGAGCCCAGGACAGGACAAGCUGCUCGGGCUGGUGAAACUCCCACUUCAUCAGUUUUACAUGUCAUUCAAAGAUCCCAAGAUUUCUCGCCUGCUGCUUGAUGCCAGGUACCCAGUUGUUGCUGUCGACAGCUAUAUGCCUGUGAUUGAUGUGUUCUCAGGCCAACAAAAUGGGAGUCUUCGAGUCUUUUUAGCCAUGGGUUCUUCAGCUCAGAUAAUGAUGCUGCAAAGAUUAAAGAAUGAAGAAGGAACACUCCCUCCCUUCAGCCCUAGGCCAGCCCAUUUCCUGGACCAGCCACCUGUAGCAUCUGUUGCUAUGCCAGAAGAACAAGGAACCGGGUUAAUGGAGCACCAUUUUGAGUUCUGUGUGGUGAUGGUUAAAGGGCUCACGCCCCUUCAGGCAACAGUCUGGGGAGAAGCAGAUUGCUACGUCCAGUACUGCUUUCCGUUUCAAGACUCCCAACCCAGUGUGCUCCAAGGACCUGACUUCCUUGAAAAUGGAAUUACUCUGAAGCCCUUUAGAACUUCAACCACACUGUGUGUCCCAGACCCUGUCUUUAAUAGUGAACAGCAUCACUCUCUACUGUUGCCGACUGACGUUCCAGUGCAAAGGCUCCUGCUGAGUGCCUUCUCCGCCCAGGGGCUGGGGCCUGGAGGGGGAGUACAGUUUGAAGUCUGGUGCAGAUACUAUUAUCCUAACGUAAGGGACCAGAUGGUUGCCAAAGGAAACUUGCCAUUGUCAAGGAUCUGUGCCAUGGUAACCAUGCAGUACCGUGAAGAUGUGGGAAUGCAGAGCUUUAAUCUCCCAUUAACCUCCAGACUUGAGCACAGCAAAGAAUCGAAGAGCCAGUCAUCAGGUUUCCUGGAUGUGGGUUUGAGGUACCGGCGUAGCCCAAGAACAGCAGAGGGCGUUCUUGCUGCCCGAACUGUCUCCAUCUCAGUCCAGAUUUUCAGAGCCUGUGGUCUUCAAGCAGCAGCCAAGGCGUUGGCUGAGCAGGAACCUGCCUUACAGUUUAGUGCCAUCGUUGGAGUCAAUGCUUCUGUCACCGCCCAUCUCUCAUUUUUGCCCAAGGGGGAACAGCGCCAAACCCGUCCUGUGGCCUGCUCCUUCUGCCCCGAGUUCUCCCAUCACAUUGAGUUCCCAUGUAACCUGGUGACUCAGCACUGUAGUGGAGAAGCCUGCUUCCUGGCAGAGCUGUUGGAGUUUGCAGAAAUUAUUUUUGCUAUCUAUCAUGAAAAUACCAAAUCAGUCAGUGAUAUAACCAGUAUCCAGUCGUGCAAAGAUUAUCUGCUUGGAGUAGUAAAGGUUCCAACGAAAGAUCUGCUGGUCAAAAGAUCUGGGAUCACAGGAUGGUAUCCUGUCAUUUUACCAGAAGACAAAGGCCUGCCUCAGGACGUGGACUUGAUACAGAAGAUUGUAGGAGGCCUGGAGCUUUCUGUUUCCUUCGCACAUCCCGGAGAUAGAGAGCGGGUGCUGGAAGCUGCUGAGCUGCUGGGCUGGAACUUUGAGAAUAUCCCAAAGGAUCUUGCCAAGACAGAAGAGGUGCCAGUCACUGUCACCAUCUCUACCCCAAGGCUCUGGCUUCCUAUCCACUGUGUGCUGCUUGCUGGUCAUACGAACAUUCAUAAGAAUACCUACUGCUACCUUCGCUACAAGCUGUACAAUCAAGACGCCUUUUGGACUCCUCUCAGGAAACCUAAGGAGUCUACAAACAAAAACCAGGUCCUGAUUACUUUCAAGGCAUCCAAAAGAGCAGAAGUCACUAGGAGCCAGUCCCUGCUUUGGUACUUCAGGGAGGAGAAGUUAGAGAUCCAAGUGUGGCGAGCCUAUGGCAACGACAAUUUAGAGAGGCCACAACAGACUGACAGCUGGAUUGGCUCAGCCUAUGUAGACCUGUCCAGACUUGGGGAAAAAUCACCAAGGACACUAACUAUCAGUGGGGUGUAUCCUCUAUUUGGAAGAAAUGCUUCCGACCUCUCGGGAGCUGCUCUGCGAAUUCAUGUGCUUCUUUCCCCGCUUUCCCCACACACUGAGCCUGCUCGGGAGCUGGACUCCAUGGACUGCAGCAGCCACAGUGAGUCUGAGCAGCACCCCAGAAAGAGCGAUGAGCUCCAGCUCUCUCCACCCCGUGUGCUCCAGACGUCUCCCACCUCCACCCAGGUCCACGGCAGCAGCGCUGCAGCCGAAGUGCGCCCCACCCAGGAGGGCCCUCCUGAGUUGGAUGGGACUUUUGCAGUCAGCAUCCUGGUAGAGAGAGCCAUGCAUCUGAGUUUGAAAGGGAGCCCCUUGACAGACCGGAAAGUAUCUGUACCCAGUUGCUGUGUAUCCUUUGCCACAGCCACUGAGCCGUCUCCUGUCUACACCCACGUGGUGGAAAACUCUGACUCCCCCAUCUGGAGUUUUCACCAGCAGGCAAGGUUAUCAAAAGAGCUGCUUCUGGACCCACAUCAAACCCUGGUCUUCAAAGUGUGGCAUAAAGGAGAUGAAGAGAGGGUGGUUGGCUUUGCCUCGGUGGACCUCUCCCCACUACUGUCUGGCUUUCAGUUUAUCUGUGGCUGGUACAAUAUUACAGACUUCAGUGGAGAGUGUCAAGGGCAAAUCAAAGUUGCUGUUUCACCUAUGGAGAGCCUGAUGCACCUAAAGGAGGAAAGACAAGGAAGGCGCGGGAGAGAGCCUCCAAGGUCCAUGAUUCCGUUGUUUAGCCCCCUCUCCUUCCCUGCCUCUGCUAUAUGCGAUGCAUUCCCUGGGCCUGUUGCACGGCACAUCCAAGGCCAGCUUGUUCACACUUCUCCAAAGGAGGAUGAUUUCUCCUCUCCUGCAAGAAAUGGUGCCAUAAAAAGCCAGGCCGCACGCCAUGAAGAGCAUGUGCAGAACAUCCGCCGCUUUCACGAGUCCCUGCAGUACGGGGAGGCAAUCCUGACAAAUGAAGAGAAACCGACCACAGCGCCUUCGUCCUCCCACACCUCCAUCCUGACUUCUCUCAGGAAGAAUCUGAGUGAGCUAGAUGAGAUCCAGAAAUACUUCAACCAGAAGCUCAGCAAGCCGUUCCUGCCUUUCUCCUCUCAGAGCUCGACUGCUGUCUCACAGAGCCAGGAGAGCCACAGGGACCCUGUGGGCACAGGAACGCUAGAACACCAAGACCCCGAGAGCCAGUGCAUCCUGGAGAAAUCCAGUAACCUGGUGUUGCAAGUCAGCUCCUUAAUCUCAGAUCUGCAGACUAUCGCCAGAGCUUCACAAGCAGCUUUGACUUCUCAGCAAGCCAGGAGUAGAAGCAGAGCAGUCGCCACCCUCCCAGAUGUUCAGGACAACGAAGCUGCUGGAGAAGGAAGCAGCACACUGGAGGAGCCUUUGGCAGGAGCUAUAGAGGCGAGCACACAUUUCCUGCCUCCCCCUGUUGAAGAGCCUUCCAAGGGAGGAGGGAUGCUCCGUGAGUCACUGGAGCAGACAGUGCCCAUCCCGAGGGUGCAGAGCAGCGAUGACACGGAGGUAGGCCCAGACUACAGUGAUGAAGACUAUGAGGAAGACAUUAUUGAGCCCAGGACCCUAAAUGAAAUAACCACAGUGACAGACAAAACUAGCCCCUGGUCCAGUUUCAUGUCAGACAUGAGUGAGGUCCUUAGCCCUCAGCCCAGUGAGGUACAAAGGGAAGGCCCCUCCUGUCCUCCAGAACCUUUCCCCAGAGAGGAGCUGAAGGUCAAAAGUAGCCCUCAAAAGACAGUCAGCCCCCAAUCUGCACAAGGCUCUCCUAGCCAAAGUGUUGUUUGUGAGGGUGGAGCCUAUAAGAUUGAGGUUGAAGACCUUGCCUCAACCAAGCCUCAGCCUGUCCCAAACCUAACAUUCUCAGAAGCCCAAGAGAGCAGCGAUUCUGUUGGAUGGCGCUCAUCGCAGAUAAAUCAGGACAGGAAGCCCAGGCCAGAGAUCCUGGCUGAGAGUGAGGCUUUCUCCAGUGAGUACAGUGACUCUUCUGAAAGCUUUGAGAAGUUUCCUCUACACCUACCCUCCCAAAGCAAAAGAAAAGACUACGUGGACUCCCCUGCUGUGAGGCAGAAGCAGGUACCAACUGGGUCAGAGGUGUCCACAAGGCAGAAGCUCCUUCUCCCAGAACCUGUUGUGGUGCCCAACUUCUUUUUGCCUCCCCAACAACUGGAGGCCUCUCUCCGCAUGAUCUCACACUCUCCAGGUUUGCCACCAGCAGCCACAGCUGACCAGGACAAGAGUGAAGCCACCAGGGGAGCCCUUGCCCAAAGGCCUUGUCGCCCCAGACCUUCCUCCCUCCCUCCCAACCUUCCUGAGGAAGAGACUCGCAGAAUUGCACGGAUAUUUUCUUCCCAGUAUUCCAAAAAGACUGAGGAAGCCUAAGGGACAUGGCUACCAGCCACCCUCUCAGCUCUGUAAAGCUUGCAAGAGACACCAGGUCUGUUUCCCUCAGCAUCCUCAGGCCACUACCAUCACCCUAUUCCAUGGGUGCCACUACCACCACCCUAUUCCAUGGGUAUCUUGAGACCUAAUCAGCUAAGACCAGAAGGGUGUCCCAAACCACCUAGCAGCUGCCUACCAGGACCUCAACUUCCUUCUGUAAUGAGGUGACAGCUGGAAAUGAGACUCCAGCACCCAAGUGAUCCACCCAUCUUCUGACUGUGGGGCCUAAGGAGGCUUCUCUGAGCAGAGAAACCAGUGUCCUUGACACAGCCUACUGCUGACCAGAGCCCACCUUCUGUUUGAAUAGGACAGGCUAUUUUUGCCGUCAAUAUUGGAAGAAACAUGGAAUAAGUGUGUGCAUAACUGAGAAAGUUCCAGGGCCCUGUCGAGCUUGUUUAUUUGGGAAUGAGGUAUUUUAUAGAUAUAAAUUAUUUUUAUGAUGUAUUGAAUUAAUCAAUAGAACAGGGGAAUCGCCUCCUUUGAAGCUGUAUUCGAUUGUCUGAAACUCAACCAUGUUUUAACGUAAUGUUUGUUUCUACUCAGCUCUGAAAUUCAUUGCUCUUGCCUUUGUUUUUAAUAAAAG